AUGAAGGUACGUGCAGGUCGCGAUAAGGCGUACCUCGACUUGUGCGCCCUCCACGAGGUCAACCUCGCCCUCAACUUCGAUACCCAAGAUACUGCCAUCAUUGGUGGAUGCGAUUUAUGGACUGUAAAAGCAGCUGGCAGCGACAAGAAAUUGUACAAGCGCAUCGAGAAGACGCUCGAGGAGCGACACAAGGACCUGCUCGCAUUUGUCGCGGAUCACUCGGCACAGUCAGCCGCGCAAUUUGCAGAUGAACUCGAUGUUGCAAGGGACACGCCAUUUGGGAGUUUCAGUGAGUCGUCGAAUCGACAUACGUUCGCAUACCUCAUCGCAACCCUCAAUGCAACACACAUCGACUACGACUUUGCAAACACCCUGAAUCCCGAUGAGUUCCGCCGCGAGUCGCAAAAUAGCUUCAAGCACAGGAUCGAUCAGACAAUGUACUAUUUAAGACCACAAGUCUACUCCGCAGGCCUGCCUAUCGGCGCAGUCACACCUCUUGGCUCGCCGAUUUGGAGCCCUCGAUCUUGGCAGCUACUGGACAGCGAAAUGGACAUGGCCAACUGCGAAUACUACGCAUGGGAGCCGUCAGAUGACCCCUUUGCCGAUGACGGCGCAAUCUGGAGCCACCACUUCUUUCUCUACAACAAGGACCGCAAACGCGUAUGCUACUUCUACCUCCGAGGUAUCUCGGCCCUUUCAGACAGCCCCAGCGUUGCCAUGUCGCUCAUGUCGAAGUUCAAGCAAACGAAAUUCGAAUCGAGUGCCAACGCGGGAUCCAGGAAACGUGCGGAGUACUGGCUUGGCGACCGUGCGAAGAAAGGCCUCGAAGCAUACGGCGACUCCGAUGAACUGGAUAACAUGGUCAUUGACCAUCCCGGUGACGUCGUCGACGCGGACCAAAACGUCUGGGUCCCCGUUAGAGAAAUGAGCACCGAUGCCGACUACUACGAAUCCGACGACGACAGCGAUGUUGAGAUUCUCGUCGACCGCGAGAGAGGCAAGAGCCGAGUCCGCACGAUGAGCGAGGGUGUGAUGGAUCGCAUGGAGUUGUGA